UCAUUAAUCCCCACACACCACCAUUUUUUCAAUAAAAAACUCCCUCUCUCAUCUUUUCUCUCUGCGUGCUUGUUUUUGCUUAAUCACGAUCAAAAGCAAAGCACCAAAUUUUACUGUUUUAGAGAGAGGAAAAAAGAAGGAGAAGAAGGGCAGUCCAAGUUAGCAUUAUUCCUGGACCACCUGGCGAUCGUACGAGCUAAGAGUUGAAGGUGGCUGAUCCUCUGCUCGCCACGCCACAAUUAAACACAGUGAUUCGCCAAUCAAAGUCAUUUUCACGAAUUUCGAGAAAUCCAAUUCUAUUUUAACUGAUUCGGUCCGCUCUUCGCUGAUUUCUCUCAUCCGGAGUUCAAUUCUAGAGAGAGUUUGAUACUGAUAGGAUCUUGGAAGGAAAGGCAAGUUUUGUUUGAUGUGAAGUUUUGGUGUUUGCUUGGAUUUUGGAUGUUAUAGUUGUUUAGAGCUGAAGGAAGUGUUUUGUUGGUGUUCCUCCUUUAUAUAGAUAUUUUGGAGCUUUGGAUUCGCAGUCAGAGAAGAAAGGAGAGAUUUAGUGAGAGAGAGAGAUUAGAAUCUAAAAUUAGUCGAAAUGGUGAGUAGCAAUUUGUUUCACUGUAGAAAGCAUUCAUGGCCUCCCGAGGAGUAUAUCAGCAGAAACACCUUACAAUUGUUUGAUUUUGAUAGUGCUGCCCCACCGGAACAAGCUUGGAGAAGGAGAUUAAACAGCCAUGCCAAUAUUCUUAAGGAAUUCAGCGUUACAUUUAAGGAAGCGAUACAGAUGGUUAGAUUGGGUAUUCGGCUAUGGUCUUAUGUCAGGGAGGAAGCAUCUCAUGGAAGGAAAGCACCUAUAGAUCCCUUCACCAGAGAAAGUUGCAAGCCAUCAGCAUCUCAGGGUGUUCCACUUGGAGGAAUGGGAAGUGGAAGCAUAUCCAGAGGUUUUAGAGGCGAGUUCAGGCAGUGGCAAAUUGUACCUGGUAUAUGUGAAUCUUCACCUGUCAUGGCCAAUCAGUUCUCUAUUUUUAUAUCUCGGGAUGGAGGGAACAAAAAUUAUGCAUCAGUUUUGGCUCCUGGCCAGCAUGAAGGGAUAGGGAAAGCUGGUGAUCAGGGCAUUUCAUCGUGGGGUUGGAACUUGAGUGGCCAGCAUUCCACAUACCACGCUCUAUUUCCAAGGGCAUGGACAAUAUAUGAUGGUGAACCAGAUCCUGAGCUGAAAAUCUCCUGUAGACAGAUAUCACCAUUCAUACCACAUAAUUACAGAGAUAGCAGUCUUCCUACUGCUGUUUUUGUCUACACUUUGGUGAACACCGGAAAGGAAAGAGCCAAAGUCAGCCUUCUAUUUACAUGGGCGAAUUCAAUUGGAGGAAUUUCACACUUGUCAGGAGAUCACGUGAAUGAACCAUUCAUAGGGGAAGAUGGAGUCUCCGGCGUACUUCUACAUCACAAGACUGCAAAGGGCAACCCUCCUGUUACAUUUGCAAUUGCUGCAUGUGAAACUCAGAAUGUAAGUGUCACUGUUCUGCCAAGCUUUGGGCUGUCUGAAGGAAGUUGUACCACGGCAAAGGCAAUGUGGGGCACAAUGGUGCAGGAUGGACAUUUCGAUCGGGGGAACUUUAAUUGCGGACCAAGCAUGCCUUCAUCACCUGGAGAGACACUGUGUGCCGCGGUUUCAGCUUCUGCCUGGGUGGAACCUCAUGGAAAGUGCACUGUUGCAUUUGCUCUUGCUUGGUCAUCUCCAAAAAUAAAGUUUUUGAAGGGAAGCUCCUACCAUAGGAGAUAUACAAAAUUUUAUGGCACUUCUGAAAGAGCGGCUCAGAAUUUGGUGCAUGAUGCGCUGACAAAUUACAAGCAGUGGGAGGAAGAGAUUGAGAAAUGGCAAGAUCCUAUCCUCAAGGAUGAAAAGCUACCAGAAUGGUACAAGUUCACAUUGUUUAAUGAGCUCUACUUUUUGGUUGCUGGUGGGACAGUUUGGAUUGACUCUUCCCUUCCAAGUGCAGAUACAAGAAAUGGUCAUCAUCGGUCAAGAGAAGUAGAAACCACAGGGAUCAAAGUAACUGAACCCCAAGUAAACUGCAAUGGAUGUCCAGUUAAUCAUACUACAACUAAUCAUCAUAACACCACUAGUUCUGAACAAAAAGAAAACAACAAGGCAUUCCAUACAAAGUGCACAUGCAAAGAUGAAUCAGCAGUCUCUCGGGAAAGGGGAAACCUUGACCACACUUUAGAUCCUUUCACAUUUCUUGAUCCUCUGAGCGAUGAUGUUGGUAGGUUUUUGUACUUGGAAGGAGUUGAAUAUAUCAUGUGGUGCACAUAUGAUGUGCACUUCUAUGCAUCCUUUGCCCUUCUUGCAUUGUUUCCCAAAAUUGAACUCAAUAUUCAACGUGACUUUGCCAAAGCUGUGUUAUCGGAGGAUGGAAGAAAAGUAAGGUUUCUGGCUGAUGGUAGUGUUGGAAUUCGCAAGGCUAGAGGAGCUGUCCCUCAUGAUCUUGGGACACAUGAUCCGUGGAAUGAAAUGAAUGCAUAUAAUAUACAUGACACCAGCAAGUGGAAGGAUCUGAAUCCUAAGUUUGUGCUUCAGGUGUAUAGAGAUUUUGCUGCAACAGGGGAUAUGUCGUUUGGAGUUGAUGUGUGGCCUGCAGUACGCACUGCCAUGGAAUACAUGGAACAAUUUGAUAGGGAUGAUGAUGGUCUGGUUGAAAAUGAUGGAUUCCCAGAUCAAACAUAUGAUGCUUGGACAGUUCAUGGUGUAAGUGCUUACUGUGGCUGCUUAUGGCUUGCCUCCCUUCAAGCUGCUGCUGCAAUGGCCAUGCAACUAGGUGACAAGUAUUUUGCUGAAUUAUGCAAAAGCAAAUUUGCAAAGGCAAAAUCAGCAUUUGAAUCAAAACUAUGGAAUGGUUCAUAUUUCAACUAUGACAGUGGCUCGAGUAAUAACAGUAAAUCUAUACAGGCAGAUCAACUGGCAGGGGAAUGGUAUAUGGCAUCUUCAGGUUUGCCGUCACUUUUUGAUGAUGUUAAAAUCAGAAGUGCUCUUAAUAAAAUAUAUGAUUUCAAUGUAAUGAAAGUUCGAGGUGGUAAAAUGGGUGCUGUAAAUGGAAUGCAUCCGAAUGGAAAGGUGGAUGAAACUUGUAUGCAGUCCCGUGAAAUAUGGUCUGGUGUCACCUAUGCUGUGGCUGCUACCAUGAUUCUCUCUGGAAUGGAAGACAAGGCAUUCACUACUGCUGAAGGCAUUUUCACUGCGGGCUGGUCUGAGGAGGGCUACGGAUACUGGUUCCAGACUCCAGAGGCAUGGACGAUUGAUGGGCACUUUCGGUCCCUUAUUUAUAUGAGACCCCUUGCAAUCUGGGGCAUGCAAUGGGCACUAUCACUCCCUAAAGCAAUUCUUGACGCGCCAAAGAUCAACAUAAUGGAAAGGAGCCUUCUAUCUCCUAGUACAAGAUUCUCCCUUAUAGGUGAAACAGGAGUUAAGAAGAUUGCAACUAAAGCUAAUUGUUUGGGCAAUUCAGUUUUCCAUUGUUCAUGCUGAUCAUACAUACAAGUCUCGUAAUCUUUGUAAAGAAAAAUGUUCAAUAUAUUUUUUUCUUCCUUUUCCCUUCUUGAACUCUCUUCCAUAGGAAAGUAGGGGGAGAAGUUUGGGAAAAUCUUUCUUUCCUAGACAGGCAAUAAAAAAGCUAGGCUGUUACCUUAGUAACCAAUUUUAGUUGCAUGAUAAAGAUGAGUCUUUCCGUCUUAAAAUAGACUUUCUUGUAUUUCAACGAGUUUGGUACUCAUGGUUUGUUUAUUUAUUUAUUCAUUUUUCUA